AUGGUGAGUCUCAAAACGGACAAGUUGGAAAGGGGUUUUGGAUUCAGGAGAAAUACCUUGGUUAGGUCUCAGCAAAGAGCAACCACACCUCCAGGGCAACCAGCCCCAGCUCCUUCUGUGUCCACAGCACCCAACCAAGCAGAGCUGACAACCACUGCACAACUGGCUACUUGAGCCUGGGCAGACGAGCAGGCAGACCAGGUCCAACAGGAUAAGAUCUGAGAGUCUGUGGAGGCUGAACAGAGAGGAAGGAAAACCUGGUAACCAAACUGGAGUUUCCUAAAGGACCAUGACCAAAUAGGUAAGAGAAAGGAGCAGAAGCUACUGCCAAGCUGUAUGUCUGUGCUCUCAAGCAAAGUUCCCAACUCGACCAACCAGAUUAUUGGCAAUCAAAUGAAUACUGAGCUUGGCAGGGCUCUGGUAAAUAUUAAUUACUUCUUCAGCAGUGGAGCACAGAAGAGGAAACUUGAGAGUGAGCUCCAGCUUUCUUAG